UUUAACAUAAGUUAUGUAACAUUUGAAUCACAUUUAUCAACAUUUUGUCUUUUUUCAUUACUUAAGCCAUUAAUUAGUAAUUAGUUUAAAUUGUUGUUUAAAUAUAAUCGUAUUAAUUAUUAUGUCAUAUUCAGUGAAUUGUUUAUUAUAUUGUAUUAAAAGAUGACUACUGAAGACUUUUCGGCCACACUUAUAGACGAGACCUGUUUGGGUGAUAUCUUUACACUUCAAUCACAAUUUUUGGAUGACUUUGAGUUUGGUUUAGAUGCCAAUCACAAUCAUAUCGAUAGUUUGAUUGAGUUUUUUGAUGACAACCAUAUGAACCAUAAAAACUAUUUAGCUUUUAAUAAAAUGAAUAAUAAUUAUAAAAGUAAUAAUAUGUGUAUUAAAUCGGAUGUUAGUGUUAGUAGUGAUGGCAAUAGUGUUGUAAUAAUAUCACCCAAAGUUAAAAAAUCUAAAACAAGAGGCACUUCUUUGUUAUCACCAAAAAGUAAAGGCAUUUCAUUGUUGGCUAAACCAAAAAAGUCAUCAAAGCGUUCAUUACUUAACAUAAAUGAUCGACAAUUUGAUCCAUUGUUUUCAUAUCUACUUCAUGAACACGACUAUUGUUUAAUAAAAAGUAUCAAAAAUAAUAACUAUUAUAACAAAUCAUCAAAUUAUUUGACACAACUGUCUGAAACCCGUUUGACUGAUAAAGAAAACGACUCUCAACGUAGGCUUAAUUAA